AUGGCCGCCUCGCGACCUCUUGUUACUGUUUACGAUGAAAAGGGUCAAUCAACAAAAAAAUCAGUCCUCUUACCUGCCGUUUUUCGUGCUCCAAUUCGAACUGAUAUUGUCAACUUUGUUCAUGAUCAAAUGCGACGAAAUAAACGACAAGCUCACGCAGUUAGCACAAAAGCUGGUGAACAAACCUCAGCUCAAUCGUGGGGUACUGGUCGAGCCGUAGCUCGUAUUCCACGUGUGCGUGGUGGUGGUACUCACCGAUCAGGCCAAGGUGCUUUCGGUAAUAUGUGUCGUGGUGGUCGAAUGUACGCACCAUUGAAAGUUUGGCGUAAAUGGCACCGUAAAAUCAAUUUAAAACAACGACGAUAUGCUCUUGUCAGUGCCAUUGCUGCUUCUGGUGUUCCAUCACUUGUUCUAGCUAAAGGCCAUAGCAUUGAAGCUGUACCAGAAAUCCCAUUGGUUUUAGCCGAUAAAGUUCAAGAUAUCAAGAAAACCAAAGAAGCAGUCGCUGUAUUACGUAAAGUCGGUGCUUGGUCCGAUAUUCUUAAAGUAUAUGCAUCCAAACAUACACGUGCUGGUGUAGGUAAAAUGCGUAAUCGACGAACAGUUAUGAAACGUGGUCCAGUCAUUGUCUACGACAAAGAUAAUGGUAUUAAGAAAGCUUUUCGUAACAUUCCCGGUGUAUCAUUAUUGAGCGUGGAACGACUCAAUUUACUUCGUUUGACACCGGGUGGUCAUGUUGGUCGAUUCGUCAUUUGGACAGAAUCAGCAUUCAAAAAACUCGAUGCUCUCUAUGGAACAUGGAGCAAGAAAUCACAAAGCAAAGUGGACUUCAACCUUCCACAACCAAUCAUGACCAACAGUGAUUUGGGACGUUUACUCAAAGCUUUUGAAAUUCAAAGUGUUCUUCGUGCACCAAUUAAACGUCAAGUUCGUCGUAAAGUUAAGAAGAACCCAUUGAAGAAUAUUGGUUUAAUGUCACGACUUAACCCAUAUGCCGCUGUACAAAAACGUCAAACACUUUUAAAACAACUCAAAGGACGACGAACAGGCACAACAGCCGAAACAAAGGCUGCUGCCCGUAAAGCACGUUCACACGAAUCAAUAAGAGCUAAACGCUUGUCAGGUGUUAACUUAGUCAAAAAAACGAAAACACAAAAAGAUGCCUCUACUAAGAAGACAACAACAGUAACAACCAAAACAACUGUAACAACAAAAUCAUCGUAA